AUGACUUCUGUGCAAAAUAACGUCAAGGUAGAAUCGCCAGUUGAAGAUUUGCCGAUGGGUGAUACCCAAGAAGCAGGAAAUAGAGUAAACGAACAGAGCGAAAGCCCCUCUUCCCAGGCAGAUGACAAUUCAUCUGGACAGACCAGUGGUACUCCACCUGGACAGAACGAUGGUACUCCACCUGGACAGAACGAUGGUACUCCAUCUGGACAGACCAGUGGUACUCCACCUGGACAGAACGGCGGUACUUUUUUUGGACUCAACGGCGAUGAUUCAUCUGGACAGAAUGGCGGUACUUCAUCUGGACAGAACGGCAAUAAUUCAUUUGGACAGAACGGCGGUACUUCAUCUGAUGAAAACCAUUUUAUUCUAGACGGGCCCACCAAACGUGGUGUAAAGAUACCUGGAGAUACGAAUGCAGCUCGUGAAUAUAGGAGUUUUAGCCCAGGCGUAGCUGAGCCCAACUCUAAGAAACAAAAGUCGAACAACAACGACAUGACCAAUUUCUUUGGUACAUCAACCAAACAGUCUCCCCAGGGGCAGCAGACACCACAGUCUUCUCCCCCUCCUCCUGAUGAAGACGAUGAAUACAACGAAAUUAUGGGCGAUCUAGCGGGUAACCGAAAACCCCCAGCAAACAUGCAAACGAUAGCGCUUGUGCGGGGAGGGAGACGCCCCAAGUACAUAAAUAUGUAUACAGUUGGUGACAGAUACAUCUAUCGCAUUGAAGGUAUGAAAAGCGACGAUUUCAAUGCGGCACAAGCACCUUGCCUAUCAGAUGAGAAGUACCGAGCUAGCCAAAACCCUGAAAGUUGGCAACAUCUGGAAACCGUCCUUGGCGUGGCAGCGCCUGGUAAAGAGAUGAACCAUAGUGAUUUCUUGUCCAGACUCGAUCCAGAAAAUCCGUACAAAUUCAAAUGGCGCCAACCUAUAUUCAUCAUAGGAAGACGGCGUGGCGGAGAAAUCACGUUUGUGAACCGUGGAUGGUGGCGCGCCAAUUAUGACCCGAAGGAUCCAUCCGAUCGUGAAACGUACCAGGCACGGCGGCCAGAGGGAUACCACUAUUACUAUAAAACGAAAGAUGAUCCUGUUCGCAGGGACCGAGAAAAUAAAAAUGCCUUCCAGGAUUAUAGACUUUUCAAGAUGGCUUUCUGGUAUGAGAGAAAGUAUUACCAGGCCCUGCGUCCUGGACAGCCGUUUGUUGUCGAGGAUCGCAAGAAGUCGCCAUCGCCAGUUGACGACGAUGUGGCUAGAUUUAGAGAAGUGACGAUCCCACCAGAUGAAUACCAGUCUUCGAAGGUCGUCCAGUCUAUGGAGAGUCCUCUAGCAGACCCUGAUGUAGAAAGUGGUACUCCUCCACAACACACAUCAGCGAGAAACCCCAGCCAUACCACCCCGCAAUGGGUGAAACCAAACGGUCCACCGCGACCUGGGAGUAUACUUAUGGCUCGUACUGUCGAUCCAUCUCCACUACCCCAGAUUCGCGACCCGGAACUCCAGGCGGUAGCGGUGCUGCUGAGUCCUUCACUCGCUGAGUCAAACAUUGCUCAUUCACCCAUAAGCAUCAAGGCUCAUCAACCUUCAGCACUUGCAUCCUCUGCAGACGAUGAAUAUGCCAAUGACAAUGCCGCUGGCGAAGACCAAAACUUCUUCCAAACUCUCAAGUUAUUGAAGCGAUAUUAG